CAUAAAAGGUUUCUAGUUCUCAGUUACCUUAACAAUGUGAUAAGCUGUGGAGACGGCUAAGGAUCCAGGAAAGGAAUUUAACAAUGUGAUGGUGUGAAUUCAGUCAAGGCAGAUCUUAACUGAUCAGGGUCAGCAGUGAAAGGUGUCGUCCCCAUCAGACCACACGUCUAUUUUAGGCCCUUGAUGCAAAGAUCUGAAGCAAACCAAUUCAGUCAAGAACAGCCCCAGAGAAUUAGCUUCCCAUCCUAGAUGUUCUAGUGAGUAGUUUAGGCCUACAACUUUAACUCUUUACGAUAUAAAUAAAGAAUGCAGCGGCAUGGGGGAACAGCAGCGACAUGUUUUCUCAUCGACGUAGGAUAGCUGGAUGAUACUUCAUGGUUUGGAAGUGGACCAGACAAUGUCUCCUGCAGAAAGUUUAUAAGCUCGUUCCUUCACCUGAAGGAUUCUUCCUUAUGCUGGUCAUAUCUUUGGCCGAAGUUAGGCCAAAAACGCUUCUGUCUUUUGGCUAUUGAAUCAGCAAUGCAAAUAUUGUUGAUGACGAGGAUCUUGCUAUUUAAAAUUAGUU